CCUCUUACACUUGCUAUCUAGCUAUUUAUCGUCUUCAAUAUCACGCUAAAUAACGUAUACAAAUAUAGGCAUUUAACUACACCUCACUUGUCUUCCACUCCUAAACACGUCUCGCAGUCGUUACACAUUCCCUCCAUUUCCUGUACUCCUUCGACAGGUGGGUGAGUGGCAGAGACCACCCACUUCCAUUUUCCCGACGAAAAUUCCGGCCGAGCCCUUGAAGUGCAGCUAAAGAAAUGGCGCAUAUAUUGGCACCAUCUGCCCAGUGGCAGGCACGGAUGGUGGUACCGGACGGCUGCUCGAUCCGGGGGAAGUCCGUGACGGCCAACAUCUGGAAGACUCUGCUGACAAGCCAGAGAGUGAAAGGGGGGAAGCCCUCCAGGAGGGCCACAAAGCUCCGAGGUCUCACCGUGGUCGCAAGGGCCUCCGAUAACUCCACCGUCAACAGACUGGAGGACCUCCUCAACCUGGACGUCACUCCAUACACUGACAAAAUAAUUGCAGAAUAUAUUUGGAUUGGAGGGUCCGGUAUUGAUCUCCGCAGCAAAGCAAGGACCAUAUCUCGGACUGUUGAACACCCUUCUGAACUUCCGAAAUGGAACUACGAUGGAUCUAGCACUGGCCAGGCGCCUGGUGAGGACAGUGAAGUCAUUCUCUAUCCCCAGGCCAUCUUUAAGGACCCUUUCAGAGGCGGCAACAAUAUACUGGUGAUCUGUGAUUCGUACACGCCAAGUGGGGAGCCCAUUCCGACAAACAAACGGCACAGGGCUGCUCAGAUAUUCAGUAACAAGAAGGUCACAGAUGAAAUCCCUUGGUACGGUAUUGAGCAAGAGUACACCCUUCUCCAGCCAAAUGUAAAGUGGCCUCUAGGGUGGCCCGCAGGAGGGUACCCUGGGCCCCAGGGACCUUACUAUUGUGGCACAGGGGCGGACAAGGCAUUUGGGCGUGACAUUUCAGAUGCCCACUACAAGGCUUGCUUGUACGCAGGUAUUAACAUCAGCGGCACCAAUGGAGAGGUCAUGCCUGGUCAGUGGGAAUACCAAGUGGGCCCGAGCGUUGGUAUUGAUGCAGCAGAUCAUAUUUGGUGCUCGAGAUACUUACUUGAGAGAAUUACAGAAAUGGCCGGAGUGGUUCUGUCUCUUGAUCCAAAACCAAUUGAGGGUGACUGGAAUGGAGCAGGGUGCCACACAAACUACAGCACAAAGAGUAUGAGGGAGGAAGGAGGUUACGAGGUGAUCAAAAAGGCAAUUCUCAAUCUGUCACUACGCCACAAGGAGCACAUUAGCGCAUAUGGCGAAGGCAAUGAGCGACGUCUAACAGGAAAGCAUGAAACUGCUAGCAUCGACACGUUUUCAUGGGGGGUUGCCAACCGUGGUUGCUCAAUCCGUGUGGGCAGGGAGACAGAGAAACAGGGCAAAGGCUAUUUGGAGGACCGGCGCCCGGCAUCAAACAUGGAUCCAUAUGUGGUCACAUCAUUGUUAGCCGAGACAACAAUCUUGUGGGAGCCGACCUUGGAAGCAGAGGCCCUUGCCGCCAAGAAACUCCAGCUACAGGUCUGAAGAAGAAGAGCAGGGUGGCUCGGGGAAUUCCUGUGGUGUCCCUUUCCUUCUCUUGGCUUCUUCACUAGGAAAUUAAGGGAAAUAACGGAUCUCUAGUGGCAGUCCGAACAUAAGUGUUUGUUUCAGAGCCUCGAAUUCUGAAUUCUGCCCAAGGGAGAGCACCAUGAUCCAUUUGUACGUUUAUGGACCUUUUUCUUCUCUGUUGCUUGUGUUUCACUCAAUUUCAUUGUGGAAUAGCCUGGCUCUUUGUUGGAA